CCUUUUACUUUCAGAGCUGAGCUACGCCUGGAUCUUCAACGAAUACCCUUCCUAUCAGGAUAACCGCCGUUUCGUGUCUCAAGAGACCGGGAAUCUGUACAUUGCCAAAGUAGAAAAAUCAGAUGUCGGGAACUAUACCUGUGUGGUCACCAAUACCGUGACAAAUCACAAGGUCCUGGGGCCGCCUACACCUCUGAUAUUGAGAAAUGACGGGGUGAUGGGGGAAUACGAGCCCAAAAUCGAAGUGCAGUUCCCAGAGACCGUCCCGACUGCCAAAGGAGCCACCGUCAAGCUAGAGUGCUUUGCUUUAGGAAACCCGGUGCCAACGAUCGUCUGGCGAAGAGCCGACGGGAGGCCCAUCGCCAGGAAAGCCAGAAGACACGAGUCCAAUGGAAUUCUCGAAAUUCCCAAUUUUCAGCAGGAGGAUGCCGGCGUCUACGAAUGCGUGGCCGAGAACUCCAGGGGCAAAAAUGUAGCCAGGGGGCAGCUGACUUUCUAUGCUCAACCUAAUUGGAUUCAGAAGAUAAAUGACAUCCACGUGGCCAUGGAGGAGAACGUGUUUUGGGAAUGUAAAGCGAACGGGAGACCCAAGCCCACGUACAGGUGGCUAAAGAACGGUGAACCACUGUUAACUCGGGACAGAAUUCAAAUCGAGCAAGGAACGCUCAACAUAACCGUCGUGAAUCUCUCGGAUGCCGGGAUGUAUCAGUGUGUGGCAGAGAAUAAACAUGGAGUUAUCUUUUCCAGUGCGGAGCUUAGCGUAAUAGCAGCAGGUCCGGAUUUCUCAAGAACACUCUUGAAGAGAGUCACUCUCGUCAAAGUGGGAGGGGAAGUGGUCAUUGAGUGCAAGCCCAAAGCAUCUCCAAAGCCUGUCUACACCUGGAAAAAGGGGAAGGACCUAUUAAGAGAAAAUGAAAGAAUCACCGUCUCUGAGGAUGGAAACCUCCGAAUCGUCAACGUGACUAAGUCCGACGCUGGGAGUUACACCUGCAUCGCCACUAACCAUUUUGGAACUGCUAGCAGCACGGGAAACUUGGUGGUGAAAGAUCCCACCAGGGUGAUGGUCCCCCCUUCCAGCAUGGACGUCACGGUUGGAGAGAGCAUCGUCCUGCCAUGCCAGGUGACCCACGAUCACUCCCUGGACAUCGUCUUCACGUGGUCCUUUAACGGACACCUGAUAGACUUCGACCGAGACGGGGACCACUUUGAAAGAGUCGGAGGGCAGGACUCAGCUGGAGAUUUGAUGAUCCGAAACAUCCAACUGAAGCAUGCUGGGAAAUACAUCUGCAUGGUCCAAACCAGUGUGGACAAGUUAUCGGCUACAGCAGACCUGAUUGUAAGAGGUCCUCCGGGUCCCCCAGAGGCCGUGACCAUAGACGAGAUCACGGACACCACUGCCCAGCUGUCCUGGAGACCCGGGCCUGACAACCACAGCCCCGUCACCAUGUAUGUCAUCCAAGCCAGGACUCCGUUCUCCGUGGGCUGGCAGGCAGUCAGUACAGUCCCAGAACUCAUUGAUGGGAAGACAUUCACAGCGACGGUGGUGGGCUUGAACCCUUGGGUCGAAUACGAAUUCCGGACCGUCGCAGCCAACGUGAUUGGCAUCGGGGAGCCCAGCCGGCCCUCGGAGAAGCGGAGGACGGAAGAGGCCCUUCCUGAGGUCACCCCGGCCAACGUCAGCGGUGGUGGAGGAAGCAAAUCUGAACUGGUUAUAACGUGGGAGACGGUGCCCGAGGAGUUACAGAACGGCAGAGGCUUUGGGUACGUGGUAGCCUUCCGGCCCCAUGGGAAGAUGAUCUGGAUGCUCACGGUGCUGGCCUCGGCCGAUGCCUCCAGAUACGUGUUCAGGAAUGAGAGCGUGCGCCCCUUCUCUCCCUUCGAGGUUAAAGUGGGCGUCUUCAACAACAAAGGAGAAGGACCCUUCAGCCCCACCACCCUGGUGUAUUCUGCGGAAGAAGAACCCACCAAACCACCGGCCAGUAUCUUUGCCAGGAGUCUUUCUGCGACUGAUAUUGAAGUUUUCUGGGCCUCCCCGCUGGAGAAGAAUAGAGGACGGAUCGAAGGUUAUGAGGUUAAAUACUGGAGACACGAUGACAAAGAAGAAAACGCUAGGAAAAUUCGCACAGUGGGCAAUCAGACAUCGACCAAAAUCACCAAUUUAAAAGGCAGCGCCCUGUAUCACUUGGCUGUCAAGGCGUAUAAUUCGGCUGGGACGGGUCCCUCCAGCGCCACCGUCAACGUCACCACCAGAAAGCCACCACCCAGCCAACCUCCCGGAAACAUCAUAUGGAAUUCAUCGGACUCCAAAAUUAUCCUGAAUUGGGAUCAAGUGAAGGCCCUGGAUAAUGAGUCGGAAGUCAAAGGAUACAAAGUCUUGUACAGAUGGAACCGACAGAGCAGCACAUCUGUCAUCGAGACAAAUAAGACCUCGGUGGAGCUCUCGCUACCUUUCGAUGAGGAUUACAUCAUAGAGAUUAAGCCGUUCAGCGACGGAGGCGACGGCAGCAGCAGUGAGCAGAUUCGAAUCCCAAAGAUAUCAAAUUUCUAUGCCAGAGGCUCGGGGGCUUCCACUUCGAACGCGUGCACCUUAUCGGCCAUCAGUACCCUCAUGAUCUCCCUCACAGCCAGGUCUAGUUUAUGACAAACGGUCUCUAAAGGACUUGCUGUUUAUACUCUAAGCAACAUUUAGCUAGUUGUUUUGAAGACACCCAGUACUAAGUAAUAUUGUUGUUCGAGUACAUCUUAUUACUGGAAAAAAAAAUGUUUUUUGCUUCUUU